AGCCCCAGCGUGCCGUCGUCCUCGUCCUCAAGGCCUCUGUGCGGCCGGAAUCUACUGUCCGCCUGCCGAAAUCCUCUGUCUGUCGCCGCCGCCACCAUGUUGCCCGCCGCACUGCUCCGCCGCCUGGAACUGGGCCGCCUCGUGCGCCAGGCACGCGCCUAUGCCGAGGCUGCUGCCUCCCCGGCUCCUGCCGCCGGACCCGGCCAGAUGUCCUUCACCUUCGCCUCUCCCACGCAGGUGUUCUUCAAUGGUGCCAACGUCCGGCAGGUGGACGUGCCCACACUCACUGGAGCCUUUGGUAUCCUGGCGGCCCAUGUGCCCACUCUGCAGGUCCUGCGGCCUGGGCUGGUUGUGGUCCACGCUGAAGAUGGCACCACCACUAAGUACUUUGUGAGCAGUGGCUCCAUCACAGUGAAUGCUGAUUCAUCGGUACAGUUACUGGCAGAAGAGGCUGUGACCCUGGACAUGCUGGACCUGGGGGCUGCCAGGGCUAACCUGGAGAAGGCGCAGUCGGAGCUGUCUGGGGCUGCAGAUGAGGCUGCUAAGGCAGAGAUUCAAAUCCGUAUCGAAGCCAAUGAGGCCCUGGUGAAGGCCCUUGAGUAGGCGGUUUCUCCAAUCUGAUGGGCUCCCCUACCCUGUGUCCCUGCAGAGCUGCCAACCUCCAGCUCCAGAGCCACAUGUAUGGAAGACCUGCUCCACCCUCACCCCCAAUUAUUAAAAACCAGGAAUCUGAUUG